GAAACAAAGUUAAUUGCGGACAAAAAAGAUAACAAUCCCAGAAAAGCCUUCUUGUUGUCGCUCAUUGUUCCUCGUUUUGUGCCAAAAAAUCGCACUCACACCAACUCUUUCCCAUCAAAAGUCUUCCUUCUUUUUUCCUCUCUUUUUGUCUUGCAGUUGAAUAAUCUUGCGAUGGCUAUUCGAUUUCAUCCAAUUGUGAUUCUUUAGGGUUUACGAUUACGACUUUGAUUUCGUAAUUGCAGAGAAAAAAAAAGAUAUGCAAACAGAAGGAUCGGAGGUGGUAAGAUCGAUGGCAGCAGACACAAGAGGGAAACAUAGAAUUUCUGCUGCAUUGAAGAGGCUUGAGCAAGAAGCUCAUUCUUUAGAGGAAGAGCUAGAACAACUUGAGAAUAUGGAAACAGUUUCAGAUGUAUGCAACACAAUCUUCAAUGACGUGGAAAGCAGGCCGGACCCACUACUUCCAAUAACGAAUGGACCAACAAACGCGUUAUGGGAUAGAUGGUUUGAAGGUCCAAAUGAUAAAUCGGAUUGCAAAUGCUGCAUAUUGUGACGACAUUCUUUAUAGUGAUGUAAUUAUUUAUUUAUAUAUUAUCAUAUAUGAAAAGCAAUUUAGUUCGACUAAAAUAUAUUAGAAGUACGCAUGUGUGUAGAAACUAGAAAGUGUAAGUUGUUUUAAUUUAAUAUUUGUGCAGAAGUGGUCUUAUUGGAGAUGA